AGAGGCUCAGUCAAAGCUGUGCUCGCUCCGCCCUCCUCCUCCAGCUAUUUGCCAGCCAGCCCCGUCUACAUAGACAGCCAGCCGCUCACCGUCCUGCUGUUGCGCGGAGUCCUGUCUUCUCCCUCCGAGCUCCAGCGUCGUUUUAUCCCCUUUGCGAGGAUCUCCAAGGGACCGGCUAGCGAGUACGGUCGCGUCUCUUUUGGGGCGGAAGUUCAGAUUUGUCUCUGCGACUUUUGUUCUCCAAUUGCCCUUCAAGACAUCCAGAGAAAAUGGCCAGACCUCUUCCUAUAAACCAAACUUUCCUGCCGCCGACCCACGGCGUACUGAAAUCCCUGCUGGAAAACCCGCUAAAGCUGCCUUUCCACCACAAUGGAGGAUUUGGGAAAGACAAGGAGGAAGCAAAGAAGCUGGACGAUGAGAGCAGCACAGCCAACCACCCACAGUCGGCCUUCCUUGGCCCUACCCUCUGGGACAAGACAUUACCGUACGAUGGAGACAACUUUCAGCUGGAGUACAUGGACCUGGAGGAGUUCCUGUCGGAGAACGGCAUCCCGGCCAACACCGAACAGGGAGACCAGGCAGCGCAGCAGGCACCGCAGGCGCAGCAGGCCUCGCCGCCCGCCCCACCAACCACGCCUACGCCCGCUGUGGUGGACCUCAGCAGCCGCGCUACCACCUCCAUUCACACAGGCAUGGCGCCUCAGACGUGUCUCCGCAGCCCCAGCACAGCAGCACUGCCCUCAGCCCGAGACACCCCCAGCCCCAUCGACCCAGAGUCCAUCCAGGUGCCCCUGGCAUACGAGCCCGACCCGCAAGACCUGGCUCUGUCUAGCGUGCCCGGCCAGGAAAUGUUCGACCCCAGGAAACGCAAAUUCUCCGCCGAGGAGCUGAAGCCCCAGCCCAUGAUCAAGAAAGCACGCAAGAUCUUCAUCCCCGAAGACCUGAAGGACGACAGGUACUGGGCCCGCCGCAGAAAGAACAACGUGGCAGCCAAGAGGUCCCGGGACGCCCGGCGGCUGAAGGAGAACCAGAUCGCCAUCCGGGCCAGUUUUCUGGAGAAGGAGAACGCCGCUCUCCGCAUGGAGGUAGCAGAGAUGAGGAAGGAGCUGGGCCGCUGCAAGAACAUUGUGGCUAAAUACGAGGCCCGGCACGGUUCCCUGUGAGCCCCCAAACCCCCUUCCCAACCCCACACCCACUUCACUCCCCCAACCUGCCUUCCAUCGAGUUUGAAGGACAAUGUGUCUCUUUUGGUGGAACUGCCCAUCUUCCCUCCUCUUCCUCCUCUCCCCUCAACCAACACACACCUGUAUGAUUCUGGUAUUAUAACUGUCAUUUUGACUUUGAUCAUAAGCUUCGGUUUGUGUGUUCCUUCUAUUUUCUGUAGACAUCACUUGACUAAAUAUUGACCGUACAUAGAUGCAUAUAUGUAUUCACACACUCUGAGGAGUUGUGAGCCGACCCACCAGCUGAGUCCCCUGCUUCUUUCCAUUUUUGAGAAACGAUGCCAUGCUGUUUGUUGUUCACUUUCAUACCAAUUUUAUACGCGAGAUCAGGACUGAAAACCGUUGUUUUCUGGUUCCGUUCUUCUACUACCACUUCUUCUUCUUCUUCUUCUUCUUCUUCUGUGUUAUGUGACGUGUCCGAGAGCCUGCUUAUACCCCACAAUUUUUUUUUUUUUUUCUCACCAUCAGCAACAUUAUCUUCUUUUAAACUCUUUCCUUGAUGUUCAUGUUGUAUUUCAUUUGUCUAACCUCCCAGCGCUCCAACACAUCUCCGCUCCAGCUUCUCCAACAGAACUCUGGGUAUUUUAAUGUUCAGAUAGCACUUUAUAAAAAGUCUGCUUUUUUUUUUUUUUCUGUGCAAUCGUGGGCGUAGCUUUGCAGUUUUUUUGUUUUUUCUUCUUCUUCAUCAACCAGCAAUAAUUCCUGUCCAGAACUAAACUAACAAGACUACCUACAUGUUUCUAAACCCCCUUCCUGCUUCUCCCUCCCCUCCCCCGGCAGAUCUCCCGUCUGUUUUCAACUCGCAUUUAAAGAUAACUUUAUAUAACCUCUGCACUAAUGCGUGUCUCACAAUCUGAUCCGGUGCAAUGUUUUCACUCGCUCAAAAUCCGCCUCAUAUUUAUCUACCUUUUCGUUCUCAGAUGGAAGAUUGUUGUUAUAUAUAUAUAUAUAUAUAUAUAUAUAUAUAUAUAUAUAGUUAUUAUAUAUUGUUGAUAUAAUUGUUAGUAUAAAUACUACUCUUGACAUUGUCGUUUAGCCUCCUCUUUUCAGAUUUAAGCAUGAUUUUUUAUUUUUUUUUCUGUUUGACUUAGCAUGAUUAAUAGGAGUGCUUUUAUUUUAGAAAUCAAUACAGAUGUCUGUAGUCUCUCAUCGUAGCUCUGUGUUUGCCCUCUUUUUAAAGAUGGCUGUCGGAAUGUAAAAGAUUUUGACAAAAAGAAGUUGGCUGGUGUUGUCCAAUACUGUGGUUAUGCCAAUCAAUUUGUUUACUGCAGACCAAAUGAUUCACAACAGAGACGAUAUAUUGGUUACAAGAGAUAUGUUUAUAUAAACCUAUUCUAUAAGUUGUU